UGAUACGACUUCAGGGUCUUGAGUUAUAACUUAAAGUGAGUUUUAAAGUCCUGUUCUUGUUUGAAUUUCCGUUGAGAACCAGUCAAGUUUGAUGCUGAAGAGGAUGAUCUGUCUUUUCGUUGAAUAUUUCAAGUUAUUCUUCCUGAUUAAAGAAAAAACAUUCCAUUAGUUUAUAGAUUGACUGUCACUGAUCUCUCGGCAGCAUGCACAUGGGUCGAGACCUUGAAGGGUUUAUAUAAAUGGACGAACCAUCUAGUCUCUCUCUCUCUCAAGAUUAUAGCAAAGUCUCUUGCAUUUCUCAUCUCCUUCAACUUGUUUUCCUCCCUUUUCUUGAAACCGUUGACUUGUUUUUCUUUUCUUAUCGGAGUCUUUUCAAACAAUCUAGGUUUGACAUGGAUAGCUCAGAAGCUUGUCUAGAUAGAAUUGAGUCACAGAGGUCAACGGACGUGUCUCAUGACCAACGAAAUCGAAGAUACUUCCUCAUGAACCUGAUGAAUAACGGUGCGAACAGAAUCUGUUCACGAGGUUCCCCUGAAAGCCAAAGAGAAUGCACGCAGCCACCUAAGGGAGACAAGGAGUUCUUAACCAGUCUCAGACUUUCUGAUCUUUACAACCUCCCAGGUGAAUCUGUGGCCAUGAACUCAGAGAUUCUCAGUGCAAUGCGAGCCGGGAACAUAGAGUUUUUGGAAAAGAUGAAGAGGUUCGAAACUCCAAUGGCAUGUUUCAAGAACAACAAGGGAGAUUCCAUUCUCCACCUUGCUGCUUCUUACGGCCAUCUUGAGCUAGCGAAAGGCAUAGUCUCUGCAUGCCCGUCUCUUCUAUUGGAGCCAAACUGGGAGGACCGGGUUCCACUUCAUGUGGCGGCUCGUGGUGGCCAUUAUGCGGUAGUUGAGGCUCUUGUUGCAUCAGUAACAUGUUUUUCAGCUGGACUAUCUGAAGAAGAGAGGGAGAGGUUGUUGAACCUCUAUGUUCUCAAGGACAAAGAUGGAGAUACUCCUCUCCACUUAGCGUUGAAAGACCUCAAUGAAAAAACAGAGCGUCGUACCAAGAACCAAUCCAUAUCUCACCUUGUUAUGCAUCAACGAAGCAUCAGAUGCAGUUCAUUUCAAACAAGACUGAUGGAGACAGCUGCUUGUCUAGUGAAUGCAAGCCAACAUGUUUCGUUUCUUGCAAAUAAGGAUGGAAUAUCACCCUUGUAUCUGGCAGUUUUAGCUGGUAAUGUAUCCCUUGUGAAUGCAAUGUUGAACGUCCAAGGGAAAACCUCUGACUUAGCCUCACAAUUAGAAGGGAGAAAAUCACUUGUUCAUGCAGCCUUAAAGGCCAAGACUACAGAUGUUCUUGACAUUAUUCUCAAUGAAGACCCAUGCCUUCUCAACGAGCGAGAUGAAGAUGGAAGAACUUGUCUCUCGGCUGGAGCAUCUGUAGGGUUUUAUAAAGGCGUAUGCAAGCUACUAGACCGGUCAACCUCAAGCGUCUUUGAAUGCGACGAUGAUGGUUCCUUUCCCAUCCAUAUAGCAGUGGAGAAAGGUCAUGUGGACGUUGUUAAAGAGAUUCUAAAACGUUGUCCAGACUCAAUAGAGCAGCUUAACAAAGAAGGCCAGAACGUUCUUCACAUUGCAGCAAAGAGUGGGAAAGCUGUAUCAUUUCUGAUGGGUUAUAUCAAGAGACUUGGAACAAAGAACCAUCUUAUCAAGGAGCAAGAUGUGAACGGGAACACACCUUUGCACCUAGCCACCAUUAACUGGCGUCCUCGAACUACCUUUGCUAUGACUAACCCCAAGAUCUUGAAUAUACAGAACAAAGAUGGCUUGAGACCUUUGGAUAUUGCAGAGAUAAAUCUGCAGUCUGACUACGUUUUGAGAGAGAGAAUGACUUUGAUGGUCUUGCUAUGCGUUUACAAGCCAAGAGGUGUUACUUGGCGUCCAACCAGUGGGAUGACUUUAAGAAGCAGAUCAGAGACUCUAAGUGGUUAUGGCGAAAAAUACAAAGACCGUGUCAACGUACUUCUACUAGUGGCAGCUCUUGUAGCAACCAUAACGUUUGCGGCAGGUUUUACAAUGCCAGGUGGGUUUAACAACUCGGGCAUGGCUGUUUUGGUCGAUGACAAGACCUUCUCAAACUUUCUGGUAUGUGACACCUUGGCAAUGCAAUGCUCCGUUAUAGCAAUAGUUGCUCUUAUUUGGGCACAGUUGGGAGAUCAAGAACUCGCGCACAGAGCUUUUCAUCUGGCUUUGCCGUCACUCUUCUUUGCGUUAUUCUUCAUGUCUUCAGCAUUCAUUUACGGCGUCAAUGCUGCAGUACAACAAAACAUAGUGCUUGAUGACAAGAUACAUAUUAUAUCUGCGAUCUUCUGUAAUGUGAUGCUUAUCCUCCUUGGACCUUACGUUAUCCCUCAGGUCUCUGGCAUUCCUUUGGUUCAAGAUUUAACCAGUCUUUAUCUCUAUGUUCUUUUGUGGUUUGUUAGUGAAGACGAUGAUGAGAAACAUCACAUCUCCAAGUGUGUGAAGAAAGAGUCCAUGGGAUCCUCAAGGGUGGAACAAGUUUAAAAUUUAAAGUCGUCUUAAGGGAGAUAUA